GGACGGAUACCUGAAUGACAGUUUCGCCGCGGUAGCGCUUCGGAACGCACCUGCUGUGUGUUCCAAAUUCGAACUCGACAUCGCAUGUUUGGCGCGACGAAAAAUGUUAUUGAUUUAAAAAUUCAAAAAUAGAACGAACUUGUAUGGGAAUGUAAUUAAAAAGUUUAAAGAAUUGCCAGUGUAAAUAAUUGUGUACAUAUUUUUUUUUAUCUACGGCCAUAGUGUACAGUGCGUGUAAUUAGUCUUAUGGUUUAUAAAAUCCUGUGAUAUUAGUAAUAAGUAAAACCAGUGAAAAAGCAGCAACAAGAAUGGUCGGAGCCCCUGAUGUCGUCAAACCCUCAGAUAAGGUUGAAGACCACUCCCCCCACGUCACAGGUAGUCCAGUUUUCACGAUUAGCAAUGACAUUGGUGGCCCUGAUAGCACGUACACCAUGGCUUCUAUAAACGGUGGCGAGCUGAAGAGUCCCGGAGACCCACCAGAUAAGAAGCUCAAUGAUGCGGACGCUGAGAAACAGCCACUGUCAGGGAAAAAAGAAGAAAGAUGGUGGAAUACCCUGAUGCAGGUGGCUGUUCCGUUCUUCAUAGCUGGCUGCGGCACCAUCGGAGCAGGCCUGGUCUUGGGAACUGUCAAGGAUUGGGACGUGUUUGUCAACGUCUCGGCCAUAUUUGUUCUAGUUCCGUCGCUAUCAGGGUUAAAAGGUAACCUGGACAUGUGCCUAGCCUCCCGACUAUCCACGCAAGCGAACCUGGGCAACAUGGAGUCCACCAGGGAAGUCAUCUCCAUGGUUGUCGGCAACAUAUCACUGGUGCAGGUCCAAGCAAUAGUUGCAUCAACAGUGGUGUCGAUAUUCGCCAUCGUGGUCAAUUCCAUCACGGACAGACAAAUCAACGGCAACUAUAUAUUGUUGAUCAUCGCCUCGGCCGUCUUCACUGCCACCACCACUUGUUUUGUGUUAGACUUCGUAAUGGUGAUGGUGAUCUACGGCUCUCACAAGUUCAAGGUGAACCCUGACAACGUGGCGACCCCCCUAGCCGCCUCCAUCGGGGACAUAGUCAGCAACUCAGUGCUUGCUGUCACUGCGCAGUAUAUGUACGAGCAGAUACAGGUAUCACUAUGGCAGCCCAUAGUCCUGAUGUGCGUUUACUAUAGUCUGCUUCCCCUGUGGGUGUUCGUCGUGUACAGAAACAAGUACACCAAGAAGGUGCUGACCACUGGGUGGACUCCAGUUAUCUCGGCACUCUUCAUUAGUGGAAUUGGUGGUAUCGUCCUUGACCAAGCCGUCGACCAGUACCCAGGAUACGAAGUGUUCCAACCAAUCGUCAACGGAAUCGGUGGUAACCUGGUCUGCGUGCAGUCUUCAAGGUUGGCGACACACCUUCACCAAACGGCGAUUCCUGGCGUAUUGCCUGAAAACACAAGGAUAGUUGAAUGGCCCUGGAGGACACUGUUCUUUGGAACUGCAGCGGCUAAGGUGGCUCGUAUGCUGCUGAUGCUGGCCGUCUUCGGUCAGAUCAUCUUCAUGAUUGUCGCGGACUUCGUCUUCCAAGGAGUAGUCACCAUUCAACCGGCCUUCGGGAUCACAUACGUCAUGUGUUCGUUGCUACAGGUAAUGGUCCUUCUAUACCUCGCAUACAUGUUCAUCCACCUUAUGUGGAAGAAGAAGAAGGAUCCUGACAACGCAGCCAUUCCAUACCUCACAGCUUUAGGGGACCUCCUCGGUUCCGUUUUCUUGGGCCUGGCCUUUGUCAUCCUGUCCAUCUUCGGUAUGCAGUACGGGAGUAACGCCCAGUGAAUUAAAAAAUAUAUUUAAAUUAGUUCAAAGCUUUAUGAAGACUUAGAUAGAUACUUUGUGAAAGAAGUCAUCUUGUAGAACCAAUUAGAUUUGCACAAAAAGUUACAUGCGUAGACUUUGUCCAAGAAUAUUGUCAGUUGGUAAUCGAUCGUUUAUUUUGACAAAAAUGUCAAUUUUUACUUCAUGUUUAAUGUCCUAUUUUAGAAAUUAAAGACGAUGGAGUGUAUAAUAAUGAAAUGGUCUUUUUAGUACGUGUUAUUCAGGAGUAUCGAAUGGUGCCAAUGUUUUAUAAGUAUAACUAGACGACAUAUUGAAAGUAUUAACGGCAGAUUACUUUUGCAAAUCUGUUAAUUUUAUUUGUAAGAUAUCUUAUGAAGAGCGUGUUUAGAUGAUUCUGAACAUUUGUUGCUCUCUCGAAAAUUAAAUUUAUGUAGGAGUGGUUCUCUCAUUUGGGAGUGCCUCAGUCUGUGAUAUGUGCCCAAAUAUGUGAUUUAUUGCAAUUACUACUAUCGUUUUAAACUUUGACACCAUUUUAUUAGAUCAGGACAAUAAAUUGAAUGUUGGUGUUUUCGAACUAAUAAAUAAGGUUUACUAUAACUAAGGCUGAUUUCACCAAAGCCUGCUUAAGAGUGUAUACGUGUUGAAGAAGAAAGCUUCAAUUAAGUUCUUUAGCAGAUUAAUUAUGAAAAUUAAAUAAAGCUGGAUUAAUAUCCAUGGCAUACACUUUUGUUAAAGAUGUAGCCUUAAUUUUUUGAUGUUGCUACCUAUUUAUUGACGACAUUAUAAAUUACUAUCAUGAUUUGCAUCACUUUUUACAAUUGAAAUAUUUUUGAAAUACACAUUGUAUUGAACGCAUGCUCAUUAAUUAAUUUCUUUUUAAUUAGUAUAGACAUUGAGAGAAUCGGUACUUGGAAUUAGGUGUUAUAAUAGACUGUCUAUAAGUAGAUAGCAUAUCGGUUUAUGAAUUGCUCCUAGAAAAUUGUAGACAUGGUAUACCUAUGUAAAUAUAUAUUUUGUAUUAUUAACAGUUGUGAAAUUACCAGUUAGCAAGUAAUAUUAUGUGAUAUAGUUUGUUAAAUCACAAUUUAGCGUUUUCUGAAAUAUUCAUCAAGUAUUUACUUGAAUGAAAUAAAUUACUUUUAAUUGGUCAGUUCGGUAACAUUAGGCAAUCUUUGCAAAUUUACAAAAGAAACACCAUGCUUUCAUGGUAACAAAAUUUAUGACUUCGCAAAAUGGUUGAGUCAAUAAACUAAACAUAGAUGAAUAUAUAUCAAUCAUUGUUCCUAAAAUCUUAAGAGAAAUGCUGAAUAUUUCAGAAAUACAAACCAAAAGCCACCACCUAUACGUGUAGCUAUAGAUUAUAAAUUGAGUACAAUAAAACAAUUGCUUAGUGUUAAGGUAGUUUCGAGGCCCUAAUAGAAGUUAGUAUAUUUAUAAAACAUUAAUUGAAAUAAAUAAUGGACUAGUGUAAUAAGUGAGCUAUGUGAAUAUGUAUCAUGAUACGUGUAUGUACGUGAUCUCAAGAAUCGUGUACUUAUAAAAAUAAUAAAUAGCUAUGAAAAUAUUGGAACUAAUGUCGGACCUGUUUAUUUACUACCUCCUCUAAAACACCAUGAAAUUGAGAUGAUAUUAUUUUUGCUAUUUAUAGUAUAAAUACUGCUGGAAGUAAUUGUAGAUAACUGUAUAAUUGUAUAUAAUAAAACUGCAAUCAAUGUUGUUUCUUGUUGGAACAUUUGAAAGAGAAAAAAAUUAUAAUGAUUCUUCAAUAUGAGUUAGAACAAAUAAAUCAAAUUAUUUGAAGAAUAUAGGUAUAAAUACAUAAAAAUCUUUAACUUGAGUUGGAUACAUCAAGUUUUCAGCAACAUUCAAAAUAGUAAUGUUGCAUAUAACGUUAUAAUGAUGAUUUAAGUAAUUCACAUAGUCAAGUGACGAAACCUGGACUGCAAAAGUAGAAAAAUAUUAACCCUUAAAAAUACUUUAAAGUUACAUCAAUAAUACCGUUUGCAACAUGAAAACGGCUCAACCUAUCAGGGUUUUUCAAAAUAUUUCACAUUAGAUGGCAACAUAUAAUGAAUAAGUUGGGCCUGUGAGAAAAUAUUUGGCAUACUAAAAUUAUUACUAAUAUACUUAUAAUAUAUAUUCAGCGGGAUCUACAGAGCCGAACCUCGUAUCUUUUACAUUCAAAUGUUCCGACAUAAAACAUGGAAUAAUGCCUUCUAGUGUUGAUUCUAUAUAAUUAAGUCUCAAGUAGGUAUAAAUGAGUAUAUUUUUGAAUGAAUGUGAUAUCAGUUUAUUGAGAUUCUAAUGUUGUAGAUAAAUUGUUAUCUAGUGCUGUAUAAAGAAAUUAUUAUGGUCUAAUAUAUUUAGUUGCCACAGCGGUAGAAGAACUCUCUGCAGACUCUGCACUCUCUCUCUUUCGCAUUUCAUGGCAAGAGUGAAUAGGCACUAUUUGAGCUUGCGUGCACCGCCUUAUCUUCAUCUUGCUUACCAACAGGCAAAUUGAGGUCAAGCGCACUCAAAUUUAGUAUAAAUAUAUAUAUAAAUAUGUGAAUUGGCUAGCCCCAAAGUAAGUUCAAGACUUGAGAGUAUAUACAAAAGUAACUCAUCGAUUUGGACUGUCCGAUGCUGCGUGUCUGUUCCAAGGGCAUAGGUUCUAAUCCUUUCGCCAUGCACAGAUGACUCUUUUCACAGUUAUGUGCAUUAGUUUGAUUAACAACCUAGGCUUUUACAAUGUGGAAAAAUAUGAUUCUAAUAUUAUAAAUGCGUUAGUUUGUUUGUUUGUUGUCUCUUCACGCGUUAUCUACUGAACCAAUGCUCAACUUUUUUAUAAAAAAAAAAUACAGAGAAAAGAGAUGAAUAGAGAACGCUCCACUUAACUUCACCGACAAGAGUUUGCGCUUAAAUUUAAGAAGACGAAGACGUACAAAUAAGAUGUUGAAGAAUGACAUAGGGCACUUCUUAUCCCGGUAACAACUAAGGUUCCCGUGGGAUUUGCGAAAAACCCUUUAUUCUUUCGUAGGUGGCGCAAAUUUUGCGCGGUUGAAGCUGCGGGUAUAAGCUAGUAGACUAAUAAAAGUCAUCGUAGGGUAAAUUCCUUCGGGUUCAAUUUGCAAUAAAAGAGUAUUACACAAAAUUGUCACUGGAACGGAAAUUACGGUAGUUUUUGUUUUUUUUUAGGCGGUUAUGCCGCGGAUAUACAAAUAGUUCCAACUCAUGCAUAUUCUGGAAAAAUUGAAAUAGGGUUUCACCUACUGCCAGCCAUUUUUUAAAUAAUUUUUUUAAACAAAUUUCACACCACAACAUUGAUAGUUUAAGUUACCAUUAAAACAAUUUGUUACGAAUGUAAAUUUAUUUGUAUAGUUAUGGCAAUAAGCAUAAGUUUAUGUAUAAACAUGAAACACCGUCUUGUCCAAGGAAUAGUUUUAAUUGAUUUUAAAUGAAAUAAAUGAACUGGAUAUAA